GGUUGGCGACACCCGGGACGCUAAGCUUUCACAUCUUUGGGCAUUAUUAUUAUUAUUAAUAUUAAUAUUAUUAGUAUUAUUAUUAGAAUAAUUAUUAUUAUUUGAUUUUUUUUUUUUUCUCCGUGAGCAUGGUGGUCGCGCUCCGCUCCCUGCUCGUGUCCGUGAGUCUGGCCGCGGUGGCGCGCCUGUCCUCCGCCGUGGGCGCGGUGAUCCGCUGCGAGCCGUGCGACGCCGGAGCGCGGACGCUGUGCGACCCCGUGCCCGAGGACUGCGUGGAGCGGGUGCGCGAGCCGGGCUGCGGCUGCUGCGUGACGUGCGCGCUGGCCGAGGGUCGAGCGUGCGGGGUUUACACGGGGCGCUGCGGUGCGGGGCUGGUCUGCCGACACCGGCCGGGCGAGCCGAGGCCGCUGCACGCGCUGCUGGAGGGCCGUGGGGUGUGCGUGAAUCAGACCGCACCUCCUCCGGUCAGCGCGCGAGAAGUCGAGAGUGCCAGGAUGCCUGAGGAAGAUUCCAGCAGCAACACAACGAGUCCGUCAGUGCCAGCUGGACAUGAGCAGUCAACGGAUGUCUUUCCCUCCCACGGUCGGCGUCCCCCGCCCUACCGGCUUCACCCCAAAGCUGAGGACAUCCGACGCGAGCAACUCCGGAAGAGCCAGAGCUUCAAAAUAGAGGAACCUCUGGCAGCUGCCCCUUCCAACCAUGAGAACAUCGCCUUCGAUUCCAAGCAGGAGCGAGAGUAUGGUCCAUGUCGAAGGGAAAUGGAUGGCAUACUUAAUAUGCUGAAGAUCACAGACAUGGUGAACCCCCGCGGCUUCCGCAUCCCAAACUGUGACAGGAAAGGCUUCUACAGGAAAAAACAGUGCUGGCCGUCUAAAGGCCGAAAACGCGGCAUAUGCUGGUGCGUGGACAAGUACGGCCAGCCCCUGCCAGGCUUCGAUGGAAAGGACAGAGGAAAUGUGCAGUGCUACGCCAUGGAGAGCCAAUAGAAAAUACCAGACAGGUGAAGGAAAGAGAAAGAGAGAUCGAGGGAGUGUGUGUACACUGAAGAAUCUCCACGCUCAGACCCUCCAUCUCGGACUCGUGUCUCGGUCCUCCAGGAAAAAAAUAUCGAGGGGGGGGCAUAAAAUUCUGGGCUUUCCUGAGCUUCGACGAGCUCUAAUUUAUUUCUGUGCUCCACGCUUUAGCAGCAGUGGAACCCUAGAUGCUUGCAGGAGAGAAAGAGUUUGAUGGAUGAAGGCAUGUGGGUAUGUCCCAAGAGGCAGUAGAGCUGUAGUGUGUGGACGCAAUUGAGACAGGACUGACCCCAAAAUAUAUAUAAAAAAAUAAAUAAAUAAAAAAAAGGACACGGAAGAAGGCACUAACGCUAUAGAGCACUUCCUAUAAGUUUGUGUGUGUAUAUGUGUGUGUGCGUGUGUGUGUGUGUGUGGCUAUUGUAAUAAUUUAACCAUGUGCCUCUGUAUCGUCAUACCAUAUCAGUGGCUUCAAAGCUUAGUUUCACCUUUAAUACACAUUCCUGUUGCGUAAAAUUGGGAAUUAGAAUUAAACGAGACUUUAUUGAUCAGAUUCAGUAUCAAGAGCAUGUGCAUGAUGCAUGAGUACAACCGUAUAAACUGACUAUAUUAGGACUGAUCAACCUUCAUGACUUCCAUAUCUGCUUUAUUUCCUCUGCAUAUACAAUACUUCUUAACUAUCAAUCUCAAAAUGUUCUAUAAACACGUCUGCGAUUGCUUUAAAAGACAUUCUAAACAUAGCAACACUUUUUUUGCUUGAGUGACAGACGGCCAUUUUUCUGGCUUUUAAACAAGUGUGUGAAGCUGAAAUCUUUCCAGGAGACGUCCUUGUUCCACGCACCCUAACAUGAGCCAAAAUAGGAUUUUUUUUUUUUUUUUUUGGACUGUGUAUACAAAGAUUGUCUUCAUGUCACUAGAUUUUGGUUCACUGCUCUAUAUUUUCAGGAAGUAAUGUUUGCUAUGAAAUUUCUGACUGGCUUUAAAUGUAUGCUGGAUUUUUGGAUAACUUACUGAAACGUUUCCUUUCAACUUUCUCACAACAACCAACUGGUAUAAAGGUGUAAAAUUUCCAAAUAGAGUAGAAUUCUAUAACCUCUAUCUGCUUACAAAUUCCCAACUUGGGUAUAAUUGUAAAAUUCUUAACUGGUAUAAAAGUCUAAAACUUACAAAUUGCAAAUUAAUUAAAACUGUAAAACUUCCAAAUGGUAUAAAAAUUGUGAAAUCUCCAACUGGAGUAAAAUUGGAAAGACUCCAACUAGUGAAAAUUUAUAACCUUCACAACUGGUGUAAAAUACUAAAAAUCUUACUAGCAUGAAAUUAUCAAAUCCUCAACUGGAUUUAAAAACUCCAACAGGAAUGAAAACUCUUAAGACUAGCAUAAAAUUCCCAAACUAGAGUAAAUUUAAAAAAUAUUCAAUAUAGUGUAGAAUUAUGGGGGAAAAAAGGCCCAACUGGAGUUAAAAUGUAAAAUCUCCAAAUGGAGUAAACUCUAAAACUAGUGUAAAAAUUUAAAAUCCUUAACAACAGUAAAAUUCGAAAACAUUCAAUUAGCGUAAAACUGUAAAAUUCCCAAUUGUAGUGAAAAAUUCAAAAACCUCUUGUUGUUUCGGCUGCUCCCAUUAGGGGGCGCCACAGCGGAUCAUUGGUCCACAUAUUUGAUUUGGCACAGUUUUUACGCCGGAUGCCAAAACCUCUAACUGAUGUGAAACUAUAAAAUAUCCAGUUGAAGUAAAAUUCAUAAACAUUAGCUAGCAUAAAAUUGUAAAAUUCCCAACUGGAGAAAAUUUCUAAAACCUCCGACUUGUGAAAAAUUGUAAAAUACCAAACUGGCUUAAAAUUUUGCACCAUCCACCUGGUGCAAAUUUGUAAAAAUCCUCAACUGGUAUGAACAUCAAAUGCUAACAUAGCUAAUAAGGAGGUGAAACACAUUUUAGCUUGUACAUGUUCACACCUUUUGGUCCAGUUAGGAGCUGAUAUCUGUAUGGUUUGCAGGUACUUUAUCCAUUAUUUCUAGUUCUAGUAACGCUUUUAACCAGCCCUUAUUGACCUUCCUCUCGCUAAUGGGAAUUCCCAUUAACAUCUUGAAACUGUUCCAUUACUUCAUCAUCUAGCGUCAAGUUUGGUAGAUGAACCCUUGAAAUGAUUCAACCUCCCUGAAGACGUCAGGAGCACAACUUAAGCCGAAAGGCAUUCUAGUUAGAUGCUUUUUUCCCCCCCAAAUCUGUAAAAGUCAGAUAAAGCUGUUUCUCAGGGUUAUCUGGAGUCAAAGUAUAAUCAGGAAUUAUUACUUAAAAAAUAUUUGAUUUGCUACAUUAAAAUCGUGUUUUAAGUCCAAACCCUACUGCAUUUAUACAUAAUAGCUGAUGAUGCUUGAUAAAUCCAUUAUGCAAGCUAGGUCACAGAUCAGCUACAUAUAAUGCUAGUUACUUAGCUAGCUUAUUUUCAAGCCAGUAUGAAACUGUAAAUAGUUCCAAGGAAAUACACCAGACAACUUGGCAAGACAGUUGUUUCAACAGCAUGACGAGAGUCUGAUAAAAUUAGCAUCGAAUAACGGGGGGGAAAAGACUUUUAUCACUGCACACUCUUCACUUUCUUUUGUUAAGGUUUUUUGGUAUAUUUUUUUUUUCUUAGUUCUUUUGUGACCAAAAGCAAACUUUGCUGUGAACAGGGAAACUUAGUACACAUUAAACACAUACUCAGGCUUCUAGUGAUAUUCAAAUGCUUCUAGUACAGUACAGUGUAGCUAAGAGUAUGGCUUUUUUUUUCCAUUAUACUGGCUUCUUUUGGACUAAAUCUCCAUUGUGAUAAGCUAUUAGCAAGAAAAUAAACAAGAAACCAAAACCUCUACCUGGGGACAUUACAGCACACCAUGUGUAAACAGUAUUUUGACAUUAUUAACUUGUGUGGCUAGAUUUUUAUAAGUGUCAGGUUAUUCCCAGUGCCUUAAAACAGGGAGAUAUAUCUGUGUAUAUUUUUACUUUCAGUAAUUAAAGAUCUAAUUUAAGGAACAA